UUACAGUGAUGUAUGAGUGCUGGGUCAACACCAAAUGUAGUGGGAUCCAGCCAGACAGGAAACCUCUGUGUUAAUAGCAAGAUAACAGCGAGUAUGCAGAGUGCAUUUUGAUGAUGGUGCUUAAUGUUUACGUCUUCUUUACAAAGCUGUUUAUUUUCUGCUGCUGUGUCAUUCUUUGGUGCCAUGCUGGUUGGAAGUGGGAACGUCUUUCUUGUCUAAAAAUGUGCAGCUUAUUUCUGAGCAAUAAAUGCUUCACUUAUAUGCUGUGUUAUGAAAUUGCAAAAUAACUGCAUUCUUCUGGCCUCAGAGGUUAAUGAAACAUUAUAUCAUGCUCUCAUUGUAGCUUCUGUGAAUGUUCCUACACACAUUCUCUAUGCAUGAGAAUAAAGGCUUCCAAUGAUGUUUCUCACUUUGAUUUUUUUUUAUAUUCUGUGAAAUACAAAAAACAGACACUGGUAUGUCAAACAUUGAUCUGUGAAAUGAUAAACUGUUCAGCUAGCCUGAGAACUGAUGGUGUGUGUGUGUGUGUGUGUGUGUGUGUGAGAUUCUGUAGGGGUCAAGUCUAUUUAUGGAAAAGAAAACUUUUUCUCAUUCUGGAAAAUUGGUUGCACCAAAGAAACAGGCAGGGAUCUAAAUCCUCAUGGAAAAAGCUCUCUGUUUUGAGUGGGCUUGAAACAGGCUUUUCUCUAUCAGAAAUGACCUGCAGGAUUCAGAAUUCUUUUACAUAGAACACAAAGCAUCUCAUUUCAUAGCUGAGUGAUUUCUGUGUGUAGUCGUCCCACGAUGAACGGGAGUGUCCACUCGUAUUUGAAUAGAAACACAUUAAUGUAAUAAUCAGUGAAGAAGGCUGAGGUUUUGUCAGAUCAGAGAUCAGAAAGAGUCUGCAGGGUUGAUGUAAUUGAAGUUAAUGACAGCACUCACGGAGAGGAAGGCUGAUGAUAAUUGAAGUCGUGAUGAUUAGUGAUGAAGGUGAUGCACCACUGUUUUUUUAAGAGGCGAUGUAAAAUAUGGAAUGCUCCAGACUGUCCAUCAUUAUCAAGUUUGACCUUAGGCACUUUUUUUUUAUAUAUAUUAUUUUUUUUAUAUAGUCUUCCCUUGUUGCUCUUUGUGACUCCCCUCAAAUCUAUUUAUGUGUGUUUUUUCUCUCUUCCUCAUAGGCUUUGGAUCAUUAUGUCCCUCUUGCUCUUUCUCCUCUUGUCCACCAUCCUUUCCUUUUGUAUUUGUCUCCCCACUCCCUCUGUUUUCCUAUUAUGUGGAACUGUGCUGCUUUGAGGAUUAAAGUAUUGACUGUGUAGAUGAAACAUUUGCCAGGUACAAGUGGUUCCGAUCCAAUCGAUUUCCAAAAGAACAAUUUAUUUAUGAAUUAUUAGAAGUAAGGAAAAUAGAUUUUAUACAUUAAAUUAGGAUUUAAUCCAGGGAUUGACAUAUCCACCUCAAGCUACUGAAGACAACUUUGUGUCAUCCAAGUCACUGGAUUCAACUCUUCAGCAUGACUCUUGGAGUAACAAUUGAUGGCCAGCUAGCACUCACAGACCACACUGUAGUAAUCUGCUGAUUUUGCAGGCUUGUUCUGUGUAAAUAACACGAGGAAGUUUAGACUGUGCCAGUUGGAAUAUUUUACACAACUCCUCAUGCAGGCACUCAUCAUCUUGUGGCUUGUCUCAUAUCUCUGCUUUUCAGUUUACCAUCUUACGCUUUUGGCCUUUCCAAAUAAGGAACUGGCAUCCCAUAUGGGGUGAAUGCCUCCUUCCUUAUGCCCAGUGUUACUGGAACAGGCUCUGGACCCAACAUGACCCUGUCCAGAAUAAAGUGCUUCGCGAAGAUGAAUAAAUGAAUGUGACAUGUCUCUUUAUCUCACUUUGCUCGCUUUCUGUAGAUACUCACGUCCAAUCAUCGAUGCUUGCCUACAAAGUAAUCAAUGGAGCUCCUCCAUUUACAUAGAGCGACUCCAUAAGGCACAAAUUAUGUCCUGAUUGCGAGUGAACGGCAUCUGGUGAUACCAACAACAUAUGGUUGAGGUGGUAUCACCAGACACCUGAUCCAGACACUUCACCAGACAUGUGAUGGUGGACUGAAAUGGCUCGUUCACUCUGCAUUUUUUUUCCAUACAACGAUGGCUAAAGAAUCAGCUGUUACUAAAGCAGCUAAACAUUGCGGUCUCACCCUCUGUGUGUGUGUGUGUGUGUGUGUGUGGCUAUUUAGGUAUGUUCUCGUUUAUUACUGGGUUAAUUUUGAGCUACAUCAAUGUUCCCCAGAACCUGACCUAUCAAGUUCAUACAGGCAUGUUGUUGGAUUGCAUUUGAUUUUAUGUAUUUUAUUUUAUGACAUGCAAAGUCAUAAAAACCCAGUAUGAAUGCUAACCCUGCCCUGAAACUUUUCAAACGAACCCAUUUGUGCAAUUUGUUGCACAGAUGUUCACUCAUAGUUCUAUAUUUUGCACUAAUAUUUUGCCCUAAACUGCUAUGUGGCUAAUGUGUCUCUCAAACCUGAACCCUCAUGUACUUUUUCAACUUAUUUGUAAGUUACUUUGAAUAAAGUCAUCUGCCACAUGAAUAAAUGCAUAUAGAUGUACAUGUAAUUGGCUUUAUUUUUAGUUUUUAUGUACCUCAUCUCUCAGUGCACCCUCCUUAUUUCUCUCAUCCUGUCUGAUCAACUGUCUCCUGUUAGAACUUUGGUUCUCCUUUGAGUUAAUGCAUCGGUUGCUUGCUUCUUGUCAGCACUCUCACUCAGCUCAGACCUACAGAUAAGCAUAGGUGUUCUAUAAGAACAGCUCCAUUAUCACCUGUCAUUGCUGAUUCAUGAGCUUUGAUUCUUUCCCAACUGCCACUCUUUCUAUCCCUCCACCCCUCUCCUCUCCUGCUCCUCCCUCCCACUCUCUCCCUCUAUUCCGAGGCCGUGCCGGUCCCUCCUCCCCAGCAGUGGUCAGGGGGAGGCUGAAAGCACCACAGAUGGUUCUGAGCCACAUGAGCAGUCAGACUACUACGAAAGUGUGUAUGUGUGUGAGAGAGAAGGAGUGUGAGAGCUUGGAGCACGAGGUGUGAAAGCGCAGCUGCAAGAGCCGAGGCUACUGCGGACUUAGAGACAAGCACAGCUCUGAAGGAGAGAAAGAAGGAGAACUCGGAACCUCUGGGAAAUAUUUAUGAGAGGAGACGCAAUGCCGUGCGGUGCCAUAUGAGCGUGCCACCUCCUGUACACGCACACAGCAGGCCAAGUCUACACGCUGGGAUCACGGCUGCAGGGGGGAAAGUUUUCUGACACAGAACCUACAGAAAAACAGCAAGCAACAGCUUCGGCGAUGAGCUGCAGGAAGAGAUGCAAGAGGGAGAUCCUAAAGUUUGCUGGGUACCUCUUCAGAUUCAUCACCGGCACACUUAACGCAGACAGUGCUGAGGAUGAGCUGGAGCUGUCAGCCGUGCGCCAUCGGCCUGAAGGCCUGGAGCAGCUGGAGGCCCAGACCCGCUUCUCUCGCAAAGAGCUACAGAUUCUCUACCGUGGCUUCAAAAAUGAAUGUCCAAGUGGUGUGGUCAAUGAAGACACAUUUAAGGACAUUUACUCACAGUUCUUUCCACAAGGAGAUGCAUCCACAUAUGCACAUUUUCUGUUCAACGCAUUUGACACAGACCACAACGGCGCAGUGAGUUUUGAAGAUUUCGUAAUGGGCCUGUCUAUACUGCUUCGAGGCACAGUUCAGGAGAAACUCAACUGGGCAUUUAACCUGUAUGAUAUUAACAAAGAUGGAUAUAUAACAAAAGAGGAAAUGUUAGACAUCAUGAAAGCCAUUUAUGACAUGAUGGGCAAGUGGACAUACCCUAUUCUUAAAGAGGAAACUCCAAGACAACACGUGGAGAUAUUUUUCCAGAAAAUGGACAAAAAUAAGGAUGGCGUUGUCACCAUAGACGAGUUUAUAGACUGCUGCCAAAAUGAUGAAAACAUCAUGAGAUCAAUGCAGCUUUUUGAAAAUGUCAUUUAAUAGCUGAGUGGACAACAUACCUCUGGUGGCUAGUCGGCUCAUGCAAGCACCUUUCUGCUCCACGUGUGCCGAUACCUUCAUUAAGAUAAAUGGAUUUGAAUGGAUGGCAAACACUCAACCCAGAAAACACCAUUCUUUUGGGUUCAAGCCACAUUUCAUUUCACUUCAUUACAGCUCCUCUUUAGAGGUCAUGGUUUUAAUUAACGAUUUACAACAAUUGCCAUUUGAAAGGUUUUUGUGCAUGGGGUAUACUGAACACCGCCUACAUGGGAGGUCAUGCUGGAACGGAUUACUUUUAAUCUCCCAGCCAUGUUCCAUUAAGUGUUACCAAUAAUAUUGAAACAAAAUGAAAAUAUUGUUUUCAUUACCUCUUACAGCAGUAGCAUUUAUUUCUGCCCUUAAUCUUGUGAGAAAGACUGGGAACAUUAGUCUCAGUCAGUUUUAACUAUGUACUGCAGAGAGCAUGUUUUAUACACAUAGUGCAUGUGGAAUCAAUUUUAAGGUUUGAUUUACUAUAAAUCUGUAAAUAAGAGCCACAACAGAUACGUUGGUCCUUCGGUUUGUAUGUUUAUAUAUAUAUAUAUAUAUAUAUAUACAGACAAUGGAGAAUCCUUUUUUUAAAAGUGUACACUGAAUAUUUCUAGUUUCCAACUUUAUUCAUGAAUAUUUGCCAACCAUAUCAGAGUAAUAACAAAAUAUACUCAAUAAGACGUUAUGUCAUCAUUUUUUAGAUUUAUGUUUUGGGUAACUGUAGUACUAUUCUUAAAACAACGGUAUUGCAGUUUGGUUUUAUUUACUAAGAUUCUAACAUUGUACCAAGUAUAGUGCACUAUUUGAGCCGUACAGUAUUUGAUUUGAUUCAUGAUCCUUAUGACAGAGUGAGUGUGUGUGUGCGUGCUUAGAACUUAACAUUCAAAGGCAGAGGAGAGGCACUAAUUUGUGCAAAUUAAGUGUCUUUAAUUUGGACUUACACUUGAAGUAAAUUUUUGUUCUAUUUCUAGCCAAUUCUGGCAUAGGAACAAUGAACAUUGCUGCUUUUUCAUUGCAUUAUGUCGCAAGCUACAAGCUACAAAGAGCAUCCUUUCAUAUUUUUCCCUUUUAUGUCAUUCCAAAGCAGUCGCCCUUUUUCCUCUCAGCCGUUUUUUUUUCUCUCCUGUUUUCUGGCAUUAGAACUGAUUAGAUCCUGCUGACUGAAUCAAAGAUGUAGGUAGAGCUGUGACUAGCUACAGCACAGACAGAACAGUGAGCAUGCUGGGUAGCAGAUGUAUGUUUUCUGUCUCUCAGUAGCAUCCAAGAGCACUUGUACAAAGGCAACAUUUUCAACUGCCAUGUAAUGCAAUUACCACCAGCAAUAUGCUUCAUGGCAAUGCAUUGGGUUCUUUGACAAGCAAGCUGUUUUGUGGAAAAACUGCUAUUUUAUGUUAGAAAUUGUCCCCAGAUCUUUUUUGUUGGUACUGUGAACAUGAAAUGUAGGAAAAAAAUUACACUUUGUAGUUAUACUUUUUUAUAUUGAUUUAAAGAGCAUGUUUUUCCUGAUUUGCUGGUAGGCAAUGACAAUUUAUUAUUAAAUUAACCUCUAUUAUAGUUUAAUUGUCUUCUCAAGGUAAAAAGUCAACAUAAUUAUAUUUUUUCAAGCAACAUUGUGACAUUAAAAGAAAGGUCCACAAUAUGUGGUAGAGAUGGUAUUUACAUUAACAUGGUGCCACCUAGUGGAAAUUUGGUAUAUGUGCAGGACCAAAAUCAUACAUUAAUUGACAAGCCUGUUUAGUUUUGGGAUUUGUUCACAUUCUUUGUGAUGUGUUUACAAUCAAACAUCACUUCAACUGUCUUUGGAAACAUGUCAUAUGCUGUAGACCUUUUGCAUCGAGAUGCUAAGCGUUAAAAAUGCAGUAGGAAUGCUGGGGGAAGGACUGGCAGCUGCAUGUUAUGUGGAUGCUUCAUCGUGUUCGAGACGGUUAGUAAGGGAUAGUACUGACUAAAGCAGAUCUAGUGCUUUCUGUGCGUAUCACACAUCCCUGUGCUAUUAGAGGACAUAGAGGCAUUAGGUGACAUUGAUUCAAUAAACAGCUCUGAAUGUA